AUGGUUCGCAUCGCUGCUGUCGCUCUUCUGGCCUUUGCCGCAUCUGCCUUGGCUGCCCCUCACGCGCGCAGGGACGCCAAUGAACCAAUCGUCGACUUUGACGGCAAGCCGUUGGCGGAGGCCAAGCAGAAGGAGUUUCUUGACCUAGAACAACAGGGCAACAAGAAGUUUGACGAGCUCUUGGCCUCAUACACCGACAAGCAGCAGGGCAUUGAGGAUGAGCUCAACGCCAUUAGUGAGAAGCAGAGGGUCCUUCUAGGCUUUCCAGAGGAGGGCGAGGAGGGAGCUGCAAAGUAA